CCUCCUUGGGUUGGAAUUGAACACGGGAGGGGUUAGGAGCCCAGGCCCGGGUCAAGGAGCUUUGGUCGAGGAAGAGACCCAGGAUCUGACUUCAGAGGCUUGAAAAUGCCUGUGGAAUUCUGAUCAAGCCAAACAUGCUGUACGGAGAAAGCAGCGUUGCUGUUGUAACCACUAGACUUUGCGUCUUUCUCCCCAUUUAUGAGUGAGCUCCUUGGGGGCAGACAGCUGUUCUCAUGGGUCCAGAGUAAGGGAUCAAUAAAUGCUUGUAGAACGAUUAAAUGACUAGAUGAGGUCCAGUUGAAAUUAUGUUUAUCUAGAUCCCUGAAAACCAGUAAGUACUAGUGGUCGUUUUUAUCAACUCUAAGUACUGGAUUUAAUAAGCUAACACUUACAGUGCACUUAUCAUGGUAUGUGCGUGCACUUGAACGCUUUGUUUGCAUCUGUUCCAAACAAUUCUACAAGGUAAGGCAGCUGCUGUGUCCCGUAAGGGGCUCAUCUCCAAGAAUCUCCUCCGGUUCUAGCCCUACCCUCCGUCCCGCCGCCACCCCAACCGGCGGGCGGCCAGCAGAGGGCGCUUUCAGGGCAUGGCCGAGGAGCGCCCAGGCUCCUGGUUCGGCUUCGGUUUCCGCGGCUUCGGGCAGGCGCUGGGCUCGGGGCGCGGGCGCCAGGUUCACAGUCCCGAGCCGCUGCGGGCGCCGGGCGCGGGCCUCGACGUCUGCCGCGUGAGCGCCAGCUGGAGCUACACCGCCUUCGUGAGCCGUGGAGGCCAGGUGGAGCUGUCGGGCGCGGCGGGCGGAGCGGCGGGCGGCUGCAGAGACGCGUGGGCUUCGGAGGCGCUGCUCGUGGUGUUGCGCGCGGGGCCGGGCCCCGAGCCCGGGGCGGAGCUGCAGGCCUGGGAGCCCGGGUCUGCGCUGCGCGGGGAGCCCCUCUGGGUCAAGACUGUGGUGUCGGAGGCCGAGAGGGAAUACGGACCGGACGGCAAGACCCAGGCUGGGCCGCUGCCCCUGCUGCCCUGCGCCCGCGCCUACGUGAGCCCGCGGCCGCCCUUCUACCGACCUCUGGCCCCGGAGCUGCGGGCGCGCCGGCUGGAGCUGGGCGCCGAGCACGCGUUGCUGCUGGACGCUACGGGCCAAGUGUUCUCCUGGGGCGGCGGCAGGCAUGGACAGCUGGGCCACGGGACUCUGGAGGCAGAGCUGGAGCCCAGGCUGUUGGAGGCGCUGCAGGGCCUGGCCAUGGCUGAGGUGGCCGCAGGGGGCUGGCACUCUGUGUGUGUGAGUGAGACUGGAGAUAUAUAUAUCUGGGGCUGGAAUGAAUCAGGACAGCUGGCCCUGCCCGCCAGGAGCCUUGCAGAGGAUGGAAAGACAAUCGCGGGGGAAGCAAUUGGACUGAAUGAAGAUGGUUCUGAAGUGAAGAGAACAGCUGGAGGAGAGGAUGGCACCCCUUCCCCGUUCAUAGCCGUGCAGCCCUUCCCAGCUUUAUUGGAUCUCCCCCUGGGCUCAGAUGCCGUCAAGGCCAGCUGUGGAUCCCGGCACACAGCAGUGGUGACAAGAAUGGGGGAGCUCUACACUUGGGGUUGGGGUAAAUAUGGACAGCUCGGCCACGAGGACACAACCAGCUUGGAUCGGCCCUGCCGUGUGGAAUACUUUGUAGAUAAGCAACUCCAAGUAAGGGCUGUGAGCUGUGGGCCCUGGAACACCUACGUGUAUGCUGUGGAGAAAGAGAAGAGCUGACAGACAUAGAUAAGGGCAUGAAAUAAAUGUACAGUAUAGUAAAAAAUUGUAAAGCUAACACCUGUGAAACUCCCACCCAGGUCAAGGAAAACCGUUGCCAGCACCUCAGAGGCUCCGCAUUGCCCCUUCCCAUCACAGCCCUCUCGCUUCACCCUGGAGCAGCAUCCUCAGCUUUGUCCUCACAUCAGAAACACCUAGAAAGCUUUAGAGACACAUGUCCAAGGCCAGCACCGCAGACAGUGAGAUCAGACCCUCUGGGUGUGGGGCCUAGACAUGGAUAGAUUCUAAAGCCCCCCCGCCCCGGCCCAGGUGAUUUUGAGGUAGUGCCAAGAUUGGGAACCAUUAGAGAUCAUCUUUCGUUAUCCACUUAACUGUUUUCACUUAGAAUUGUACCACCCUCUUAGCAACAUAUUUUCAGGUACCGUGUCUGACCAGGCAAGGGAAACAAUAGAAAAACAAAUGGGACUACAUCAAACUAAAAAGCUUCUAUACAGCAAAGGAAACCAUCAAUAAAACAAAAAGACAACCUAACAAUUGGGAGAAGAUAUUUGCAAACCAUAUAUCUGAUAAGGGGUUAACAUCCAAAAUAUAGAGGGCAGCCCAGUGGCGUACUGGUUAAGUUUGCGCGCUCCGCUUCGGUGGCCCGGGGUUCGCCGGUUCGGAUCCUGGCCGUGGAUCUAUGCACCGCUCAUCAAGCCAUGCUGAGGCGGCGUCCCACAUAAAGCAACUAAAAGGAUGUACAACGAUGACAUACAGCUAUCUACUGGGGUUUUGGGGAGAAAAAAAGGAGGAAGAUUGGCAACAGAUGUUAGCUCAGGGCCAAUCUUCCUCAAAAAAAAAUAUCCAAAAUAUAUAAAGAACUCAUACAUCUCAAUGACAAAAAAAAACUAACAACCCAAUUAAAAAAUGGCCAAAACACCUGAACAGACAUUUCUCCAAAGAAGAUAUACAGAUGGCCAACAGGCACAUGAAAAGAUGUUCAACGUCAUUAACUUAUCAGGGAAAUGCAAACCAAAACUACAAUGAGAUAUCACCUCACUCCCAUCAGAAUGGCUAUAAUUAACAAGACAGGAAACAAGUGUUGGAGAGGAUGUGGGGAGAAGGGAACUCUCAUACACUGCUGGUGGGAGUGCAAACUGGUGCAGCCACUACGGAAAACAGUAUGGAGAUUCCUCAAAAAAUUACGAAUAGAACUACAUAUGAUCCAGCUAUUCCACUGCUGGGUAUUUAUCCAAAGAACGUGAAAACACCAAUGCGUAAAGGUACGUGUGCCCCUGUGUUCAUUGUAGCGUUAUUCACAAUAGCCAAGACUUGGAAGCAACCUAAGUGCCCAUCAAGGGACGAAUGGAUAAAGAAGAUGUGGUAUAUAUACACAAUGGAAUACUACUCAGCCAUUUGUGACAACAUGGACGGACAUUGAAGGUAUUACGCUAAGUGAAGUAAGUCAGAGGGAGAAGGUCAAAUACCGUAUGAUCUCAUUCAUAAGUAGAAGAUAAAAACAACAACAAAAAAACACAGAGACAGAGAUUGGAUUGGUGGUUAGCAGAGGGGAAGGGGGGACGGAGAGGGGGAGGGAUGAUUAGGCACAUGUGUGUGGUGAUGGGUUGUAAUUAGUAUUUGGGUGGUGAAUGUGAUGUAAUCUAUGCAGAAAUAGAAGUAUAAUGAUGUACACCUGAGAUUUAUACAAUGUUAUAAACCAAUGUUACCACAAUAAAAAAAAAUAAAAUUGAACCACCCUUGUAUGCAUUAUUAUAUGACGUAGUUUAGUUUGUCUGCUUUUGAACUUUAGGUAAAUGGAAUCAUUCUGUGUAUGUUCUCUUGUGUCUUGUUUUUUCAUUCAACACUGUACAAUCCAUCUAUGUUGUGUCCUGCAGUUCAUUCAUUUUUAUUGUUAUACGGUAUUCCAUUGUAUGAAUAUACCUCGUUAUAUAUUCUUUUGUUGAUGGUCAUUUUUUUUUGAAUUAAAAUACAUAAUUUACUAUCUUAA